AUGACCACUCGAUCCCGCGCAGCCAUGAACUCUCAAGCUACCUAUGAAAAAGAGCCGGCAGCUCAGCCAGCUCUUGAAACAUCAGCACCCACACCUACACCAAUACCCACGCCAUUACCUCCAGCAGCUCCAACAGACCCACAAGCUAAUGCAACCAUGCAAGAGGUGGCCCAAAGUCUCCGGGCAAUGCAAGAACUACCACUUCGCCAAGUACCAAGUGCCACACCGAAUAUACAGGCAACCCAGCCUAGUGUACAGAAUAGUUCAAUCCCUCAAACUCCUUUUGCUUUUUCCCUCAUUCCUCCAGCAAAUCCUGUCCUCCCUCUCCCAGAGGAGUUAGCAUAA